GCUCCCAGCUCCGCCGCAGCCUCCUUCGGCCGUCCGGCCCCCCGCACGCCCCCGGCCUUUUAAAAGGACCUCCCGCCACUCGCGCGCUCGGCCCCGGGUUUCCCCCGGCCCCGCGCUUCGCCCCGCUCUACUUCUCAGCAACUUCGGCGGCCGCGCGCCGCCGGUUGUCGCCCGCCUUUGAAGUUUGCAGCGUCGGCCGCAAAGUUGGGACACUUCGGGCGAUUUCAUUUUUUUCCCCUCUCUUUUAUCUGCCUCCUCCUCCAAGUCCUUGUGGUUCCUGAGUACCGGUGUUUAGCAUCUUGGCCGGAGCAGCCGGGGACGUGGACUUGUUCGCACACCACACCUCAGGGAGGGAUCUUUCCUCUUCCCUUCAGAAAAACAUGCAUUUUGUAAGGAUGGUGCCUCUGCGCUGGUGUAUGCUGUGGCUGCUCUUACCACUCAGCUCAAGGACCCAGAAGUUGCCUACUCGAGAUGAGGAACUCUUUCAGAUGCAAAUUCGGGACAAGGCAUUUUUUCAUGAUUCGUCAGUAAUUCCAGAUGGAGCUGAAAUUAGCAGUUAUCUCUUUAGAGACACACCUAAAAGGUAUUUCUUUGUGGUUGAAGAGGACAACACUCCGUUGUCCGUCACAGUGACGCCCUGCGAUGCGCCUUUGGAGUGGAAGCUGAGCCUCCAGGAGCUGCCAGAGGAGGCAAGCGGAGAAGGCUCAGGUGAUCCAGAGCCUCUGGAUCAGCAGAAGCAGCAGAUCAUUAAUGAGGAAGGCACAGAGCUUUUCUCCUACAAAGGGAACGACGUGGAGUAUUUCAUAUCUUCUAGUUCUCCAUCUGGUUUAUAUCAGUUGGAGCUUCUUUCAACAGAGAAAGACACGCAUUUCAAAGUGUACGCCACCACAACCCCGGAGUCUGACCAGCCCUACCCUGACCUGCCCUACGACCCGCGAGUUGAUGUCACGUCCCUGGGACGCACCACUGUCACCUUGGCUUGGAAGCCGAGCCCCACCGCCUCUGUGCUGAAGCAGCCCGUCCAGUACUGCGUGGUCAUCAGCAGAGAGCACAACUUUAAAAGUCUCUGCGCGGUGGAAGCCAGGCUGAGUGCGGACGACGCUUUCAUGCUGGCCCCCAAGCCCGGCCUGGACUUCAGCCCUUUCGACUUUGCGCACUUCGGGUUUGCCGCGGAGAGCUCAGCGAAGGAGCGCAGCUUCCCGCCGAAGCCUUCCCCCAAGUUAGGGCGGCAGGCGCACUCGAGGCCCAGGGCGGACAUUCAGAAGGUCUGCAUAGGAAACAAGAACAUCUUCACCGUCUCGGAUCUGAAACCCGACACGCAGUACUACUUCGACGUCUUCGUGGCCAACAGCGACAGCAACAUGAGCACCGCUUACCUGGGCACCUUUGCCAGGACCAAGGAGGAAGCCAGACAGAAGACGGUGGAGCUGAAGGACGGGAAAGUCACCGACGUGUUCGUUAAGAGGAAGGGGGCCAAGUUUCUACGGUUUGCCCCAGUCUCGUCUCACCAGAAGGUCACCUUCUUCGUUCACUCUUGUCUGGACGCCGUCCAAAUCCAAGUGAGAAGAGAUGGGAAGCUCCUUUUGUCCCAGAAUGUGGAAGGCAUCCGGCAGUUUCAGCUAAGAGGCAAACCAAAAGCCAAGUAUCUCAUCCGACUGAAGGGAAACAAGAAGGGUGCAUCUAUGCUGAAAAUACUGGCUACCACCCGGCCCAGCAAGCAGUCGUUUCCCUCUCUUCCUGAGGACAGGCGCAUCAAGGCUUUCGACAAGCUCCGCACCUGUACUUCAGUCACGGUGGCUUGGCUAGGCACCCAGGAAAGGAACAAGUUUUGCAUCUACAAAAAGGAAGUGGAUGAUAAUUACAAUGAAGACCAGAAGAAAAGAGAGCAAAACCAAUGCCUGGGCCCGGAUACGAGGAAGAAAUCAGAGAAGGUCCUCUGUAAAUAUUUCCACAGUCAGAACCUGCAAAAAGCCGUGACCACAGAAACAAUUAAAGGCCUUCAGCCUGGAAAAUCUUACCUGCUGGAUGUUUAUGUCGCAGGACAUGGAGGGCACUCGGUGAAGUAUCAGAGUAAAGUCGUGAAAACCAGAAAGUUCUGUUAGUCACCUCGUAUGGAGAUGUAUCACAUAGAACUUCAGGAGAGACAGAGCUGCGUUAAGUAGAAACUGACUACUGCUCCCCCAGCUAAGAGAAGUUGUGACCUAUACUUGUACUGUGGAAGGAAGGGUAUCAUCGGGUGUGUGUUGGAGUUUAUGUAACUGAUUGCUGGAGGAGACUUGUUCCAGUGUGCCCCAGUGGUACCGCGCGUGUGUCUGAUGUCCGCUGAUGUCAGAGAGAGGACGUCUUGAAGGAACUGCCAACCCUUGCUUUGACCACUGCAUGAACUGCUUCUAAAUUAUUUUAUUACCUAAAAAUUUAAAAUAUGCCAUUCAUUGCACACAGCCACAAAUGAAAAUCAUUCCUCUCAAUAGAUGCUAGGAUAUAUAUAUAUAUAUAUAUAUAUAUAUAAAUUAUUUUAUAAAGUCUUGUUUUAAAUGUCCGUGUUUCUAUGAUUGUAAACUAUUAAAUUCUUUUCCUGUUAAAGUACAGAUCUAAGUAUAUUAAGUGGACAGCUCUUUAGUCAGUUAUAUUGUUAUUGUAAAUUCUUAUCUGUUGAGUAAAAUGUUUAAAUACUAUAUGUAUCUCAUGUACAAAGUUGACAUACAUUAUAUUCAUGUAUAUAAAAUUAAAGAUAUUAGAUUAUAUACUGAUCAUUUUCCUAAGUAGCAACCUUGGUGUAUUCAAUUUCUGUUCUGUCCCCAAAACUGUGCCUUUAUGAAAUUUGGCACCAGAUUUGACCCUUUUCUAACAGAAGGCAUGCUGCAUCUCUCUAAAGUUAUUGGGACAUUAGAGAGUUACUGCAACUUGUAUUUUGAUUUUGAAUAGGAGCUAGCUGUUGAGACUUGAAAGCACGCCAAUAGACUUAAAAGGACAAGCCCCGAAUACUAUUGGGAAGUAUUCCUUAAUGACCUAAAAUACAUUACCUCUAUUUUAAAAAUAAGCAUCUCUUUUAAGUACAAAAAUUGGGAUAUGACAGAAUUUUCCAACUGCUUGAAUGUUAGCAAAAUAACUGUUUUGAUUUCUAGUGGAAGCAGUGUAGCAACCAUCAGUUAGGACUGUAAUGAGGAAACUGGAAGCAACUGUUUUAUAACAUCAAUGGUCUCAUACUUUUAGCUUUGAUAAUUCAUGAAUCUUUAAGAAGUAAUUUAGAUAUAAGGUAAAAUGUAGGCAAAUCAUAAUAGAAACCAUUUAUCAAAGUUCUGCACAAGGGGCAGUUUUAGAUAGUUUGAUUCUCCACAGAUUCUACACAUGAGAUGUCAUGAGGAUUCACAAGAGUCUGGGAUUUAAGUCAAGUAGGCUAUGUGGCUUUGAGUAAACCUGUUACCUCCCAUUGUCCCUCUUUCCUAUUUAUAAAAUUAGGUGUGGUAGAUUUGGAUAAGAUGAUGUUACAGGAUACCUUCGAUCAUAUGACAUUGUCUUUUGUAGAAUUCUGUGAUUCUAAAUUAUAAAAUGUGUCUGUAACUACAAGUGGGGCAGGUGUAAUUCCUUAACCACAACCUUUCACCUACUUGCUGGACUACCUUUCACACGGUGGACAUGCCGGAGCAGCAUCCCUAUGGAGUAUAGAAUCACUAUGGCUUGGGGAGUGAAAGUGGUGGUCUUUAUGAAAAGACAUCAUUAGUAGAAAACAUCCCCCCUAAAAAUGUGUCCUCUAAUUCCUGAGUGUUAAGGUAUCAAAACAAAAUAUAUCAUAUUUGUAUGAAACAGUUUGAUACCUGAAAUAACUUUUAAAAAGGAAGAAAGAACACCUCCCCAGUGGCUAUGUAACUAACCAACUUGAAAGAACUUUAAAACUGACACUGUCUCAGAGAUGUUCUAUCCUAAGUUAUAAAUUCAGUGCCUUUGGAAGGAGAAUCAACUUUCUCAUAUUAUUCACAAAUAUGUUAGUAUAGAGCAAUGUGCUAAAUGGGACUACAGCGAAUCAAAGAGUUAUUGCAGCUUCUGAAGGUGAUGGGCUUAACUCUCAGAUAUUGCUAAAGGCCUGGGAACCAGGCCAAGUCAAUUUAACCAAGCCUUUACUUUUCAGCCAGCUGGAAUGGUGGUUUCUAUAUAGUCUGGAUAUAUCAGAAAAUUCUUUCAUGGUCCCAGUGAAAUUUCCCUUUUAAAAAUUAUAGGAAAAUUAAAUACACAUUGUGAAACUUCUGUCACUCAUAAAAGAAGAGAGAAACCUAUUAAAAAUAAAGCUCUCUUAUUUCCUGAUGUGUUUAGAUUUUAAGAGCAUUCAGGUGAACUGAGGACAAGAAAGGAAAAUUUGUUCUUAAUUAAUAAAAGAACUAGAACAUAGCUAAUAUGAAAACACCAUCUUUUCUCCAUUAAGCUCCAGAAUAGCUAUAUUGAGAACAGGGCAUUUAGAAUCCCAAGGACAGCUGUAAUAUCAUGGAGGAGAAGGGAUCUUUGAGGACAUUUCAUUCAAGUUCAGUAUCUUUAUUUUUUAGGUUCAAAAAUAAAUUGAAGAUCAGAGAAAUGAAAAGAAAUUUCUCAUAGUCAAAACAAGUAAGUAGUGAAAUUGCUUUGACUCCAAAAUGCUUACUAGAAUAUAAAUCACCAAUUCUUGGGGGUGGGGGGGGGGAGUAAUUUAAGGAUCGUUUUCCAAAAGGAAAUAAAAAUUUUUUUCGUAUUUAUGAUUUCAAAGCAACUCGUUCUUACAGACCAUUUCAAAUUUCCUUAAGAAUGUGUGUGUAACCUUAACUGACAACUUCAAACUUGUAAGGAAAAAAAAAUACUAUUAUUUUUAAGACAUAAAGUAUUCCAAUCUAGAUUUGCAUGUGCACACAAACUGAGGCUGUAACAUCAUUAGUCAAUUGUUUUAACCUAAAUCUGUUUAGAAUCUAUUUUUAAAAAGUAUACAGUGGGUGAUUUUCCUAGUUAAAAUAUUAUAAUCAGUGUUUAGAUUAAUUUUUAAAACAUGUAUCAAAGGAUUGCUGCUGGAAAGGACAUAUGCAUUGCUUAUUUUAGUUACUAAGAAUAAACUUGAAAAAGUUAUGAUUUUUAUAUCCUGAAAAGCCAAAUUAAGAGUGACUUCAAAUAAAAAAUUACUCAGAGGAACUUUAGAGUUUGAAAUCACUUUUAAUGGUUCUGAAUAGUUCCAUCUUCAAUGAAAACACAUACACACAAGUUUUGAAUACAAUUCAAGGAAAUUGUUUGACCUGAAACAAAUUGGGAUCUCUUCCAACACUUUACUAACACCUCUUAGAGAUCAUCUAGUUCAACUCUCAUUUUGCAGAUGAGAGUGUUGAGGCCCAACCAAGAUGAGACCCCAGAUCCCUGCACUCUCCGUUUAAUGAUCACCCAGUGCAUUGUAAGCACGUCUUCACAAGGCAUGCAACAGUUUACCCAGACUACGCGCCUUUGCCUCCCCUCACUGACUGGCUUCAGAAUAAAACUAGCAUCUAACUUGAGGAGCAAGGCCAUUUGGAGCAUCUCCAUACACUUCCUUCCCCACUUAGAUAGAGUGCAAUUGAGGUAAAGUCAGCUGGGAAGUCAAUUUGGGUCCUCCCUCCAGGACCAAGCAAAGUGACCGUGGCCAGAUUUCAGCUGUCCUUUGUUUGAAGUUGUUUAUGGGACCUGGGAGACAUCAGGGCACACUCAUCAUCGUGUUUCUCCCAGAGAGUUUUGGCCAGAAAAAUAUUCAGUGGCUUGGGAUUUGGGUAUCUGUUAUUGUUUUGAAGGUGGGAAAUGGGAGAGAUGAGAGCGGAGAGGAAAUGGAGUGUGAAGGGAAGUAUGUUGUUGUUUAGGUGCUAAGUCGUGUUUGACUUUUUUUGUGACUCAUGGACUGUAUGUAGCCAGCCAGGCUCCUCUGUCCAUGGAAUUUUCCAGGCAACAAUACUGGAGUGGGUUGCCAUGCCCUCCUCCAAAGGAUCUUCCCAACCCAGGGAUCAGACCACCUCUCCUGCAUCUCCUGCAUUAGCUGGUGGAUUCUUUACUAGUGAGCCACCAGAGAAGCCUUCCAGAAGAAAGUAUAGUUUUUCUGUACUUUUCUUUCUCUAACUGGCCUGAGAUAUCAAGGAAAGUGAGAGAGCUAACGUAGCCUAAUUUUAUUAAGAAUUUGGAUUCUGUCCAACACAGAACCUGACACUACAAAUUUUGACUUAGAUCACCAUCCACUCUAUUAAAAUCAUAUUGCACUAUUUGCUAGGAAUGACUGAUCAUGUAUCUGGGUAAGAUGUCCUUCAUUUCUAUUUAUUUGCAUUCCUCUUCCUCCAUCUUUGAGAACUAAGUUUAGUAAUCAAAGUUUAUUUAUUUUUAUUUUUAUUUUUUUUUAUUAUUAUUAUUAUUUUUUUCCAGUGGGUUUUGUCAUACAUUGAUAUGAAUCAGCCAUGGAUUUACAUGUAUUCCCAAUCCUGAUCCCCCCUCCCACCUCCCUCUCCACCCGAUUCCUCUGGGUCUUCCCAGUGCACCAGAGAUGAAGUUACCUAGAAUGACUUUUCAUAUCUACCCUGAUACCUCUUUCAGAUAUUUUCUAAUAUUAUUUUAAAGUAUAAAAGAAAUUGAAGACUAUCAAUCACCAUCAUGGGAAAAUAGUUGGUUCCAAGAUUGAACAGUGCAAGGCCUUAAUUACGUUUCUAUAUUGUCCUUAUUCAAGUACUAACGAAGAUCGUGUGGCAUCAAGUGUCUGAGGGGAGGAGAGUCGUACAAGGGGAGACACUUGAGUCCUUGGAAAUAAUUCUUUCAAAAGCAGAAACGAGAAUGAAUAUGACUCCUCAUCCCAUUGCCCUACAGGAGAGAAUUUUCAGAAAAAUGUAAGGUUUUCUGGAAACUUUUAGAAACUUACAUGCUAGAAAUUUUGAAGCAGAAAUACAUCAAGCAGCCUCCCAGCAUGUGGACAUGUCCCGAGACUUCAGAAUUUGAAAUAAUUUUAUAAAUUGAGACUAAGGUGUAAAACAGAGAAGUCACAGCAUAUGGGUUCUUGUUAUGGGUGAUGAGAUCCAGAUAGAACAGUUAAAAAAAAUAAAAGCCAUCUUACAACUAUUAAUAAGAGAAGUAAUGAAUGCAUUGUUUUGUUUUUGAGUCCAGUAUUAUUGUCAGAAACUGGUGAGCUUUAGGAAGAAAAAUGUUUCCAAUCUCUCUCUUCUUGUAUAAAUACUGCCAAGACUAGUAGCCAAUCAAAUGACCAUAGUUUGGAAAGGAGCAAAUGUUCAUUUCUUGUCCAUAGUUAGCCCUUGAGGUAACCUUCCUACGUUGCAUAAAUACAGCAGCACAGAAAAACAAAAACAGUUAUUUUAAGAUACACUUGACAAGACCCUUAAAUGUGCAUAUUUAAUUAUGUCUGAGUGGACAGGAUUUUGCUUCUGAGAAAAAUUAUUUGUGAUAAACAGCUCCAAGUAUAUUAAUACAUAGCAGGGUUAGAGGUUUGACUGUUCAGUCUUGUCUCUUCCUAUAAAAUGAACUUGGACCUAUAGAGAAAGGUAACAUAUGGCUACUUUUACCAUGCAGGCUGGAAAAUUUCCCCAAUGCCAAAGCAGCAAGCAGGUUUAGGAAGCUGUUUGUUACCCUUGAAAACCACAGCGCUGUCUCAUAGGCCUCUGCCUUUAUUUGACCAAUUCUGUGCCCUUCUGUAGAUCCAUAUGACUAAAAUAAGUGGAUUGUGGCUGAACCAUUGAAGAGUUGUAAGAACCGAUAAUAGCUUUCUGUGUUAGCAGUUUGCGUAGAGCGAGUGGUGUAGUCAAAAACACAGCCUGUUUCCAACGGCUGGGUCUCCAUGUAUCAUCAGCCACAAGUGGCCUUGGUGACAGUUAGGGUCUCCUGGUGCUUCUGAACAGAGUAAAAACUUGACUCGAGGCUGGGAAAGAGGCGUCUGAAACAACUGAGAGACAAAUUAAUAUACAUAUUUUUUAAAAAAUAAAAUUCAACCAAUUUUACUAUGGUAAUAUGCUAUUUUAAAAACAUGUUUUUAAAGAAAUAACUGACUCUUUUAGCUAUUUUUAAUGGUAGUAUUGAAUAUCUCCUUCCUGCUGAAUAAAGCUUGGCAUUCUUCCUUAAAUGAAGAGGCCAAGAGCUAAAUUACAGGUUGCCCAAUUUUGCCUUUUUUCCAUCAUGCACAUGAUCACGGGUUCUCUUGGCUUAUCCAUGGGUGAUCUUCAGGUUUGGAAAAAGAUGACAAAGAUAUAAAAGCAGAGUAAGAAUCCAACACUUAAAUUUAAAUUACUUGCAUUUUGUGUAAGUUCUGUUGACUAAUGGAAGAGAGCUGGACUUCAAAUACAGCUGUGUGCUGCGCAAACUUGACUGCUCUGAAUACUGAACUCUGGUUCCUCUGCCAAUUCCAUGGGCAAGAAUUCCGCAGGCCUGAGUUGAAAUGUGCAGAUAAAUACUCAGUGCUGGAGUUCUUGGUGCCAAAGCACACAGAAUACUUACCUCUGCUAUGGAAAUCUUGGAAGAACAGAACUUCUGUUUUUAAUAUCUCUGAGGAUUUACAGCAGUUCUUAGACGACUUAUUACCUUUCAUAAAACUGACUCCUACUUUAAAAGUCUCUUGGUGGCUUACCUAUAUUAAAAAGAGGAAAAGAAUACUUCUUGAUUCCACUGAGUUUUCUCUUCUCUAUUGAAUUUAAACAAGCUAAUAAGAGAAAGGACAGCAGUGGAAAGAGUGUAGAAAUGGGACUUCAGAUGUGUGGGUUUUUUAAACUUCUGUGGUCUUAAGCUUUCUCAUUUGUCAAACGAGAAGGGUGAUGAUCUCUAAGAUUCCUUUUGGAAAAGUAGGGAAACUAACAACCUUUAAGCUCAUACUGAGUGCCAGGCAUGUGAAAUACAAUUACUUAAUCCCCAUAACAACCCUGAGAUGAAGACAUUAUUGUAUUCCCCCUGAACAGACAAAGAACAAAGAAAUUACAUAACGUGCUCAAGGUCACGAAGACUAAAAACUGGAUACACCUCUAGCUCCAAAUGUAUGCAUCUUUCUGUUUCCAUCUGUGUGGUGUGAGCUCUAGAGCUUAUUAGUGAACUUAUAGAAUAGAAUACAAGGAGGAGAAAAUUCAUAAAAAUGAGGAAAGCUAAAACAUAAUUCAAAGGCUGGCCUGGACAUUUAUCAACAAAUUAUCUUGGACAUGGAUAAAUAUGAAGAGCUAGAGACAGCAGAGCAGAGAAAUAACACACAAGGAUCACUAAGUUCCUCUUACUGUGUAGAAUUUCUCCAUUUAAUAAUGUCUUAUACUGUAUCACAACCUUUCUUGGUGUUUGUUUCUGUAUCUCAUUAUACAGAACUUGCUGUAAUGCUUACAUAUGGUAAAAUGUGUCUGUAAUGUGAGGCCAAUAAACCCUUAUUUAAUACGCUUGUGUUUUAGCA